AUGAGUGUAUUAAUAGAAACAAAUAUUGGGGAUAUUGUAAUUGACUUAAAGAUAAAAGAAUGUCCCAAUACAGCUAAAAAUUUUCUUAAAUUAUGUAAAAUAAAAUAUUAUAAUUUUUGUAUAUUUUAUAAUGUACAAAAAGAUUAUUUAAUAGAAUGUGGUGACCCAACCAAUACAGGUAAAAAUGGUGAAAGUAUAUAUGGUAUUUUAUAUGGCAAUGAAGCAAGAUAUUUUCAAGAUGAAAUUAAAAAGAAUAUAAAUAAUCACAGUUCACUAGGUACAGUGGCUAUGGCCAACAAAGGAAAGGAUUUGAAUGAUUCAAGAUUUUAUAUUACUACUAAAGAGAAUUUAGAUCAGCUAAAUGAAAAGCAUACAGUUUUUGGACAGGUUGUAGAGGGUUUGGAUGUGCUUGAAAAGAUAAACUCGACAUUUGUAGAUGAUGAUAAUAGACCAUUGCAGAAUAUACGUAUUUUACAUACGAUUAUAUUGGAUGAUCCGUUUUCAGAUCCAAAUGGUUUAGAGGUGCCUGACAAAUCACCAAGUUUUAAAAAAGAUUUUAAUAUAGAUAACAGAUUCGAAAUAGAUGACGAUUUAGAUAAAGAGAAUCGUGGUAAAUCAAAAGAAGAAAUUCAAGAAGCAACCGAAGAGAAAGAUGCAAGAUCUAGAUCUGAAUUAUUGGAAAUGAUUGGUGUAUUACCUUCUGCUGAUAUUAGACCACCCGAUCAUGUAUUGUUUGUUUGUAAAUUAAAUCCAACUACAGAAUCUGAAGAUUUAGAAAUUGUAUUCUCUCAAUGUGGAACCAUCAAAAGUUGUGAAGUAGUAAGAGAUAAAGUUACUGGUGAUUCAUUGUGUUAUGCUUUUGUGGAGUACUCUUCAAAAGAAGAAUGUGAAAGAGCUUACUUAAAAAUGGAAAAUAUUUUAAUUGAUGAAAGAAGAAUUCAUGUCGAUUUUUGUCAAUCUGUUGCAAAAGUUAAUAAUAAUUCAUUAAGUAAGUUUUCUUAUAGUUUCAAAAAAAAAAAAAAAAAAAAAAAAAAAAAAAAAAAACUAACAUUUCAAUUUAUUUAUUAG